AUGGAUUCGGGGAAGGCUGAGGAGUCGGAGGUCAUAGAGGUGUACUGUCAUGUUUACGUGUCAGUGGUGUUCCAGAUCCGUCGGGAGGUUGGACCGGCGUUGCACUCGGUUAUGCCUCGAACUUCUACACAAUCCUUCUGCUCUUUGGGGGACAACGAGAAAGUAUGCCAUAUCCGAGAGCUCAUCAGCCUCGUCCACGGCAUACGCCUCUACCACUCGGUGUCCGCCGACUGGCCAGGUGCUGGUCUUAACACGAAGGAGGUAUUAGGCGAUCCGGAUAAGCGUAGGAGAGCGGAUGAUCUCGAUGAUGCACUUCAGGAGAUUAACAGUAGAUGCUCGCGACUCAAGGAGUAUAUAGACUACCUCGUAGUGGUGUCACUGAAGGAGGAGGCAGGGGAGGGUUUGGCAAAGGGAACUGAUGAUAUUUGCUAUCUACGUCAGUGUGUGUUGUAUCUCCGAUCUGCUGGUGAUGAUAUUGAGAG